AGUUGGCAGUAUCGCGUUUGAUGGCUCUGUCGCUCCGAGCGGAUGCACAAUUCCCCUCACAUUUUGACAUUAUAACGCCUUCAUGAUGAGACAUAUCUUCUGCUAAAGUAAGAUCUGACGAUGGAAUAUGGACACUGCGGAGCUGUCAAACUCUCUUUUGAUCGCGUACGAUGAUCACCAUGGCAAUAAUUACGCGUCAGAAAAACAGCGCGACAUUUGCUGCCGUGUGUCGAGCGCGUGAGGGCGAGCUGUGUGUCAGAUAGUGACCAUCACCACAUAGUGCGUGAAAGAGGUUGCCUGUGCGUGAUUUUGUGUUCAUACGACUUUAGACGAGGAGAUGGACAGGCGCGCGUGAACACAAGUCGCGUUUCUGCAGUCGCGUUCGACCUCCGCGUAUCUGGGCUUUACUGCCAUUAGGUGAAGCGGCACCGGCUGUUGCGCAUCCUGUCGGUGGAAACCCGGUGUGGAUGGGUGGUUCCGCAUUUUGAGGAGGUCCCCCGCCUCGCACAGAGAGACCACCCGGAUUCUGCGGAGGAAUGCCUCAACACGGAGAGGAGCGUCUUCAAGUUCCGUCGAUAAGGGUAUUAGAGAAGUGUAGUAGGCGACUGCAUAGACAGACUGUGCACGCAGCAGCAUAUUAAAGGCCUGGACAGCAGCCAGUCGUGACUUUUUUCCUGGCGACAUAAACACGCACCCCACCGCGUUAGGGUUGCGUUUGGACGCGUUCCCUCCGCGCAACAGCUGCAAGUUUGUGUCAGCAGGUGCAAGACCUGACUUUGCCCUGUGCAUCCAUCUAUCUUUCUAUCUAUCUAUCUGCCACUUACUGUGAGACUACCACAAACAUCUUCAGUCUGAUAAACUCAAACACACAGUGUCAGCAAGUGUGUGAGGGCUGGUCAGGAUGCAGGUCUCAUUUGCUUGUACGGAGCACAAUCUGAAGAGCCGCAGCGAGGACCGGCUGUGUGGCCUGCGAACUGCCCCUCCUCCAGGGGGCAGCAGCAGUGGAGGAGGUGGAGGAGGAGGAGGAGGGAGCGGACAGGGGGGAAAUGGCAACUACCCCCCUCAGAUCUCAGUCAAAACACGGCCCCUGCCUCAAGGCCACGCCCACAUGAAGGAGGCAUUUGGACGACACAGUAGCAUGAAAUACAGAAACCUUGGAAAGUCAGGUCUACGUGUUUCUUGCUUGGGACUUGGCACCUGGGUGACAUUUGGAUCUCAGAUCUCUGAUGAGAUGGCAGAGAGUCUGAUGACGAUGGCCUAUGAGAAUGGAGUGAAUCUGUUCGACACAGCAGAAGUGUAUGCUUCAGGCAGGGCUGAAAUCACUCUAGGGAAUAUCAUUAAGAAGAAAGGCUGGAGACGGUCCAGUUAUGUAGUAACGACUAAGAUCUACUGGGGAGGACAGGCAGAGACAGAGAGAGGCCUGUCUAGAAAACACAUCAUAGAAGGUCUCAGAGGCUCUCUGUCUAGACUACAGCUGGAUUAUGUGGAUAUUGUCUUUGCCAACCGAAACGAUGUCAACAGCCCUAUGGAAGGUCUAUCAUUGCUUUUACAUCUUUCAUGGCAUGUGUUACCAAUGAAUAAUUUAUGCUAUAUCGCUUAUCACGAGCACUGUUGUGUGUUUGUUCUUUCAGAGGUAGUACGUGCGAUGACAUUUGUUAUAAACCAGGGUAUGGCCAUGUACUGGGGCACGUCACGCUGGAGCGCUAUGGAGAUCAUGGAGGCGUACUCUGUAGCGAGGCAGUUUAACUUAAUCCCACCGGUAUGUGAGCAGGCCGAGUAUCACUAUUUCCAGAGGGAUAAAGUCGAGGUGCAGCUGCCAGAGCUCUACCACAAGAUCGGCGUUGGAGCGAUGACCUGGUCUCCUCUCGCAUGUGGGCUGAUCACAGGAAAAUACAGCGAUGGCGUUCCAGACUGUUCAAGAGCCGCAAUGAAAGGUUAUCAGUGGCUAAAGGAGCGAGUGUACAGUGAAGAAGGGCGCAGACAGCUUGCAAAAAUCAAAGAGCUCCAUCUGGUGGCUGACAGGCUGGGCUGCACGGCUGCUCAACUUGCCAUCGCGUGGUGUUUGCGCAGUGAAGGGGUCAGUUCUGUACUUCUCGGUGUCUCAAAUACAGACCAGCUUCUUGAGAACCUUGGAGCCCUUCGGGUGCUGUCUCAGAUGACGCCUCAGACUGUGAGCGAGAUGGAUGCUCUCCUGGGCAACAAGCCUCACUCCAAGAAAGAGUCACGUGCGUGAGGGAACUAGAGAGAUGACAUGAACAUGUGCAGCCAGAAAAGACAAAGAAAGCAAGGGGGAAAAGACGGAACACGGCGUACCAUCGCUUUUCUGCUCUCCCGUAUAUUACAACACCUGCAUGCCUUCUUCAACAUGCUUCCAGCCCAUACCGCACUGCUUUCUGUAACCCUACUCAAAUAUCCCAACAUAACCUACCAAUUAAACAUGGAAACGGCUGUCUGCAACAUCACAGAAAUGCGACGAACGAGAACUUUUCCAUUUCUUUAUUCGGAGAGACUGAAUUUUCAGUCUUCCAGGAGGAAGUACUACCGAUUGAAGGAGGUGAAUGAGUGUCAAAAAACUUCUUUAUCAGCAGGCCCAGACGGAAUCUGUUCUUUUUUGCAGUUUCCAUUGUGGAAUUCCACUGUUUUCACUACGGAAUUCCACUGUUCCAACUGCGGAAUUCUGUGCAAUGGAUCAAAUGUGAUAAAAUGACUUAAAUGAAGCUAAGAGUGCUAUAUUAUCAUUGGCAGCUGGAAGCAUUAUCAAAUAUUUAUUAAAUGAACAAUGUGCCGGGCGAAUGAUGUGUAAAAGUUUGCGAAUCGUGGGCAUUCUGCGGAAAUCUGCUCAGAUUCCGCGUGGGCCUGGAUGUGCGGGUGUGUGCUCAAGAAAGUAUGAACGAGUGUUUGCGCGCGUGCAUGAAGUGACUCUUUCGCUCCAACUCUCCAAUGCUGGUGUUGCACCUGAGUGACUCGGAAAAUGGAAGCCAGGUGGACUUUACACAAGCGGAGAUGUUUCUGAGGUGCCCGUCCCGUUUGUUGGGGCGUUCGCUGCCUGUCACAUUUCAUUCUCGCGGUGCAGGAGAGCGUGGCAAAGACUCCGGCGUGUGACGGGAACAACAUGCAGCAACUGCAAACAGCUGUUUGGACACAUCACAAGUCUUCCUCCAUUUCCCUCCUUUCCAUCUCUCCUUGUGUUUACAAUGGUGCACCUGUCCCUUUAAGAGAAGUUAGGGGAGGGGUGUGUGAGUGUGUAUACGGUACCUUGCAAACAUAUUCAGACCUUCACCAAUUCACGCAUUUAAAAACAAGUCUUUUAGUCACUAUUACAGACAACUGAUGCAGAACUCUUCCCACAUGAAAGAUACCUCAAACUAAAUUAAAUAAAUAAAGGAUUUAAAUGGAUUUAGGGGAAUAAAGAAAAAGAAAGAAGAUCAGUAAAAGAACAAGAAUAAGAAUCACUUUAACUGUUUAAGAAUGAAUUUGAACUUUUUGCAAAUAAUAGUUCUAUUUAAUAAUAUGCACACAUUCAAUAUUUUGAAAACUCAAAACAGAAAAAUGCUUCUAGUCUCGUCGCAUUCAGUUAUGAAUGACAUUUUUUUUCCAUUCAGAAAGCCAAAUUUGACAUAAAAGUUGUUGGUCGUUUAACAUUUCUUUAGUAAAACUGUUAAAUGUUUAUACUACUAACAUCUUACCGCUCACUCUUUUACCAUUAAAAACUGAAGCGCUUGAAGACAAUGUGAUAUAAACCAUUCCAAACAUUGAUUUCGUAUGAAUUGCACAGUCAUUUGUAUGGAUAUGUUUGAUUUUUUAGGACAAACAUAAGCAUGAUCCCUAACCCCGCCCCUUAAACCUAACCAUGAGUGUAAUGCAUGAAUAAUAUUUGUAUGAAUUCAUACAAAUUAGCCACCAAUUCGCCGAAACACAAAAUAGUUAUGAACUGCCGUGAGAAUGAGUUGUAGCAAUGGUAUAAAAAUUCUACUUUAGUUUGAAAAUCUAAAAAAAGAUUUUUGUUCAGAACUGAAACUGAAAAUUUGAAUGCAAACAUCAUUAAAGUCGUGAUAAAAAGAAAGUAGCACAGCGUGAGGGCGGGACAACUCACAUGAGAUCCACCAAUAGCAAACCACAAACAUCCAAUCAAUUCCCACAACAAAUCAGGUCCCGCCCAUUUCACGCAGAUGUAUGUUUGGGAAGUAUGACUGGGCCAGAUACGGCAGGGACUGUUUGCUCGAAUAAUAGCAGGCAAAAAGAGGAUCAUUAUUUUUGCAAAUCUGUUUUUGGUGCUUGUUUGGUGGUGCAGAAGAUACACACCUUAUAUGCAGGAUUUGUAAUUCAUUAUAAUUUAAAAAUUGGUUCCUGGUCUGAAUACUUUUGUAAGGCAUCACAUGUGUGGGGCUUGGCUUCAGCGGUCAGCAUCCUUUGCACUAAGUGGACAGAGUCAUAAUUUAAAAGUCAUAGUUCACAAAUAGUCAUGAGGGGUCAUAGGUUAACAUGACCAGAGAACUGUGCUAGUAUUGCUUUGUGUGUUUGACAAAUACAAGCUGCGUCAGUGACAAUGAAAAGCGAAGCGCUUCACUUUUAACGUGUUUGUGUCAUUCCAUGAUUUCAGAUAGAAAGACACAGAUUGGCUAAAUAUCUAUUGUUCAUUUCCCAUCAGUCAUUACUGAAUAUCACAAUGUGCAGUGCCUCAGAAUGUGGCUCAUAAAUCCACCUGCUGUUACCACAGAUAAUCAUUUGGACUGAUCCUCAGCUUGCAAAAAUAAAAAUGUUGUUUACAGUAGUGCAUUUAAAAUGACAUCUAGGGGCAAACGCACCACAAGGUUUAAAGCUGAAAUGUGAAGAUCGGCUGAUACUUUGUACAGAGAAGGUUAGUAAGAGAUUUUCUCACAUUAGACUUGUGGUUACACUUUCAAAAUUGUAUAUAUUUUAACAUUUAUCAUAUUACAAUGCCUUGCCCCAUAGGCUUCCACUAUUACGAGUGCAUUACUGUAAAAAUGCAUCUUUUAUUUUUGCAAACUAAAGCUACAAGGAAAAACAAUUUUCUGUGGUAAUUUGACAGCAUGCUGCUAAACCCUAUGGGAGCUUGUUUCCGCCACGGAAUAAAAAAUCAAAAAGUUAAUUGCGACUUUUUAUCUUGCAAUUCUGACUUUAUUUCUCACAAUUGCUAGUAUAUCUCACAUUUCUGAGUUUAUAACUUGCAAUUCCUCAUAAGUAUGAGAGAUAAACUGGGAAUUGCGAGAAAAAAAGUCAGAAUUGUGAAAUACAAACCAGAAUUGUGAGAUAAAAAGUCACAAUUACCUUUUUUUUUAUUCCAUGGCAGAAACAAAGUACCCAGUCAAAACAAAAAGACAAAAACAUUUAGCUCAGCACAAAAAACAGGCACAGACAGAAUUAUACCCUGUAUAUUGAACUGAGAUCAGUUUUGCAAUCUUUUAAUAUGGGUAACGUGUUGAAUUUGAGAAACCGGACCUAGGUCAGCAAAGCUAGUAAGAUUCACUGUAUUUAUUACACUUACAAUCUGAUUCUUUAUUUUUAUGUUGUUUGAAAAUUUACUGGAAAGCUUGAUGUGCUUUCCACAAAAAAAUCCAAGUAUAAGCUUUACGCUGCGUUCACACUGCCAGCGACUUUGGCUAUGUUCAGACUGCAGGUAAAUCAGAUUUUUUCCCAAAUCAGAUCUUUUCAGGCAGACUGUCCACACCAUUAAUUGGAAGUGAUCAAAUAAGAUUUGUGUGUCCAGUGAUGCUAAAGACAGUUUGUAAUCCGAUUUGAGCAUCCAGACUGACACACAUCUGUAAAAACCUGACUGGAAUCACAUUUCAAAUCACUUCCAUGUGGUUUGAAUCAGAUUUUUUUUUUUUUUUUUUUGCUAUCCAGACUUUCAGAAAUCCAUCUGGAUAAAAUCUGGAUAUGCAAAAAAUCAGAUUUUUUGAAUCUGAACAGUCUGAGGUUGCUAUAGUGGGUGUUCCCAUACUGGUUGCCUAACGUUUAUGAAUGACAUUCACGGAUGUUAUGCCAUGUUGUAGACAACGAAUCAGUUUUCUUGCCAUUAAAAAGAAACAUUUUGGAGGGAAAAGUCUAAAUAUAAAGGGAAUCAGUACAUAAAAUGCUUAAAAUUAAAGUUGAACGAGAAACAGCGAGUGCUCUUUGCCAUCACGGCUAUUAUCUGCAGCGAAUAUGGCACCAGUCUAUCUGGUUUCACAAAACUAUUCAGGCACGGCGAGUACCACAUGGAGACAUAUCAUAAAUUACAGGACAGUUGAUGACUGCUAACAUUAAAUCUCCUCCAUCUUGCCACCGACCAGGGUUGGCAGGUUUUCACAACAAAACCCACCCAAUUUCUACCCAAAACUAGCCCAAACGCAUUUCAGGGGCUAAAUAUCAUGUUAUUUGUGAUCGCUUCAACCCACGAACAUAAAAAACAACUCGCUGCAAUAGUGUUAAAGUAGCCAAAUUCCAUGGGAAAACCGUGGACUUGGCAACACUGCCGUCGACACUCUCCACUACAGGAUGUAGUGAUGGAUCACAUGCGCUCCGCUGACUUCACUCCUAUUGGUUGUCACUCCCGAAAGUCGCUUUUCAUUUGCAUAAAGUUAAACAUGAGUGGUGCAGGGAUGACAGGUUUAUUAGCAUCAUACUGGUACCCUUGACAAAAAACCAAUAGGAUUUUUCCAUAAGCUUUUGGAUUAUCACAAAAAAAUACAGCUCUCCAUUGAAAUGAAUGAGAUUGUGUCGCUCUGUCACUGGUAGUGUGAACGCAGCUUUACUCUAUUAAACAGGGAAUGCAUAGCAUAACAGAUCUGAGAUCAGUUUUGCUGCUUUUCUCAGCAUACUUAAAGGUAAAGGGCAAAUGGUCAAGCUGGUCCUGUGUCACUUCUGAAUGAAGCAACACAAGUCCCUUUAGUGGUAAUCCAAGUUCACCUCUGUAUUCAGCACUGGCUGGUUCUACUGUCUCUUUGUAUUUACAGUGCUCAAUGACUUCUGGAAGUAUUGCACCUGAGUUGGUUACUGAAACAUUUUUUGGCAAGAUGGAAAGGCAUCGAAAUGACUGAUCUUUUUUAACCAACAUGCAUAAUCAUUAGCAGGACUGAACUAUCAUUAGUGUAUAUCACUAAUGUAUAUAUACAUUUAGUGCACUCCCUCAUAUGGUAAUUUUGCCUGAAUAUGUUAAAUUUACUGUCAUGCAACAAGAAAAAAUGAGAAAAAAAAAAAAAAAAAAUCAACAACAACAAACAAACAAGAAACAUGCCCUGUACUGAAUGUAUCUUGCUUGCCUUUAAAAUGUGUGGAGAAAA